AUGCACGAACUGCCCUGGGUGGAGUUAGCAUUAUGGGACACAGCAGGACAGGAGGACUAUGACAGACUGAGACCUCUCUCCUACCCCGACACUGACGUUAUACUCAUGUGCUUCUCUGUAGACAGCCCAGAUAGUUUAGAGAACAUUCCAGAGAAGUGGACUCCGGAGGUGAAACACUUCUGUCCUAAUGUUCCCAUCAUCCUCGUGGGCAACAAGAAGGACCUGAGGAACGACGAACACACACGCAGGGAGCUGGCCAAGAUGAAGCAGGAGCCAGUGAAGUCGGAGGAGGGCAGAGACAUGGCUAACAGGAUCGGUGCCUACGGCUGUCAGGAGUGCUCAGCUAAGACCAAGGACGGAGUCAGGGAGGUGUUUGAGAUGGCCACCAGGGCGGCGCUACAGGCCAAGAGACGUGGAAAUAAGAACGCCUGCAUGCUGUUAUAGUCCCCAGGGAGACGUUGCCCCUGGAUACUGAUCUUGGACCAGUUUUACCUUCCCAAAAUAUAGUUGUAAUCAUUUAAAGGGAUAGUGUCACAUUUUUGCGAUGACUAAAAGUCUGACAGGGCUUCCCCAACUGGUGCCCCGAUUUUUAUUUACCUCCCCCAAGUUUUCUGAGCAAAAAAUAAAUACAAGUUUACGUUA